ACCCCACUGGACAAACCGCACCACUUUUUCCUCGUAUUUAUAAGGCGCUUCCCCUGAUAACAUCCUCCAAACCACCCUCGACUUCAUAUCAUCUUCCUUGACUGGAUCAGUUCUUCCUUUCAAAUCUUUCAGCUUUUUGUAGGAAUCAGGUACAAUCGCCUAAAUUUAUCUUCUGACACUUAAAAACUUUGCUUCUUCUCCAAAGACAACCUUUCUUACAGAAGUCAACAAAGUGCAUAGAGACCUUAUAUCCAAAAUGGCAUCAAACUCCCUCUAUUCAAGUAGCUCCAGCUCCUCUUGGACGCCCCAGCAGAACAAAUUAUUUGAAAGAGCCCUUGCAGUGUAUGAUAGAGACACCCCUGAUCGUUGGCAGAAAAUUGCAAGGGCAGUGGGUGGCAAAUCUGCAGAAGAAGUGAAGAGGCACUACGAAGUGCUCAUUGAAGACCUUAGGCACAUAGAGUCUGGCAAUGUUCCUUUCCCCAACUACAGACGUUAGUCUGGAUUAAAUGCCAAUUGCCAACCAUGAAG